AUGCCAGACCCUCGGCGGCUGUCAUCCAUACGAUCUGGCCAACACGACUACCCUCCUGCCUCCGAGUCUCCUACAUCGACAUCGACCCCACGAACACGCCGCAAUCGUCUGCACAACGCCCUGCGAGCCACCGCUGAUAUGGCUGCCAACGACUUAGCCGAGAUGGGUGCCACGAGUAGCCCCCAGUCAGCAAGGCGAGGUUUCUUGGGCCCGUUGCAAAGACGGCGGCAGCGAUCACCAGCAACAGAGUCAAGAGAUACUGGCAGCAGCGAGGACACCAGAAGACGGAGACCCAAGCGGAGAAAGCUGGACUCCGAUCCUGCUGGUGGUAUCCAGCAGCCCGUCAAGUAUGGUCAUUAUGGACAGGUAGAGCCUGGCAAGCUCAAGCUGCAAGUCAUAAGCUGUGAUGGCGGCGAGCAUAGAGAUCCACGCCACCCCAGUACCUCCCUUGGCCCUGACAACUUGCUUCGACACGAUAAGAGCGUGUACUGCUCCGACAGGCCAAGUAGUGGUAUUGUGCUACGGCACGCGGAUGACACACCAUUCUGCUUGGAGAAGCUACACAUUGUUGGUCCUGAGCAUGGCUUCACUGCACCAGUUCGAGAAGGACUCGUAUAUGUUGCAAUGACACUCAACGAUCUCUCCAAGUACAUGGAUCCACCACAUCACGCCAGGUUACACGGAGUACAUUCCCCUCCUUACCGACAGCGGAGAAGCUUUCGGCCAUCAUCCGAGCAAAUCACUCUCUCCGACGCCCUAAGAGAUCCGGAAGUCAGCACUGCAUUUGACGCUCGCCAACGUGAUCAGCAAGAAUAUGCAAAUCGUGCUGAUGCUCUUCAUGAUACCUCAGACGAACCUUAUUAUGGCGAUGACUUCGGCUUCGGCAGGCAAGACCCUGAAGCACACUGCGAGAUACCUUCUUCUAGUGAGAUGGCAGAUGUCAUUGUGUCUGCAGAUGAUGGCCUGCCAGUGACAAUACUCUCUGAUGACGAAGCUGGACCAGAAGAAAGUUCAUCACAAGAAGUUCUUGACUUCCGACUACAACGUCUACGAAACAUGCGACGCCGCUUCGAUGAUGCAUUCGAGCGUGAACGACAAGAAGUCGACCGUACAAACGCCUACUUCGAAGAUCGUGAACGUCAACGAAAUCGUGAAGCAGAUGGCGAACGAGACGGCGAAUGGCGGCUUCGUCACCUCGAUGCCAUGAUGGCACGAUCACGCAUGGCAGACUCACCACAAAGAGACGAAACACCUGACGACCGAGAACGAAAUGGCCGAUAUCCCUACUCAGGAACUCCUCAAUCAUCAUCCUACUACCAUCCGACUGAAAACGCUGACGGGCUAGACUACUACAACGACGGCCUCCGCGAUCCGAACGUGACACGCGCUCGCUUCCACAUCAAGCGCGGGAAGUACAAAGUCGCCAUCAAGUUCGAUCCGCCAGUAUCUGGAAGGUUUAUCUUGCUGAAGCUGUGGGCGAACAGAAGUAAUGUGGAUGUACAGAGCGUGGUGGCUAAGGGCUUCGGCGGGUCGAGGUUCUUCCCGUCUGUGGAGUAUCGAUAG